UCGUUUGAUGUGCGCAUGCGUGACCAGUUUUUUACCCCCCCUCCACCUUGUCGCUGAGAUUUCCUUCUUAUGGGAAAACAAGCAAACCGAAAAAGUGUAGGGCGAAGUUGGAUCUUAUCAAGUCUACGCCCGUUAUGACAAGCCUGAUGGAUUUCAACAAGAAAAGUGGGCAUGUUGCCUCAAGUGCGCCUCAGUCUUCUCCCAAGAGCCCGCUGCCUUUUCGAUGAGCCCGUUCACGUGAAGGUGGCCGGUCUAGGGUCCAGACAAGUGGUCACUCUGAGGGCCCAGGCCACCGACGAGCGGGGGGUGGUCUUCCGCUCGGCGGCUGUCUACAGAGCAGAUGGUGACGGGGAGCUGGACCUCUGCCGGGAUGCCGCCCUGUGCGGUUCCUACGAGGGGGUGGAGCCUAUGGGCUUACUGUGGUCCAUGCGGCCCAUCGUCCCACACAAAUACUUCCAUUGGAGUAAGGCGCUGAGUCCCCACCUGGUCAGGUUCUCGGUGCACGAUGGUAUGGACGUGGAGGAGAAAGAACAUGGAGGUGCCCUCGCGGAGGUCAUCAACGAGAGGGUCCUGCUGGGGGAAGGCGUCGUCAGGGAGGUUGUCAACUUCGGGAAGGGGAACGGAGUGCUGUUCACACCACCAGGCGAGGGUCCGUUCCCUGGCGUGCUGGAUUUGUCCUCCUUUGCUUCAGAGAAACGAGCCAGCCUUUUGGCCAACAAAGGCUUUGUGGUCCUGAACGUGUCCGUCAUGUACGACAAGCCUGCCAAGAUCAACUAUCUGGAGCUGGACCACUACCAGGAGGCUCUGGUCUUCUUGCAGCAGCAACCCAAGGUGGGCGGUGACGGAUUGGGCGUGAUCGGGCGUUCCAAAGCGGGCGACAUCGCCUUGUCCCUGGCAUCCUUCGUGCCGGGUGUCCGUGCGGUGGUCUGGAUUAACGCCUGCAGCGGUAACAUGGGAGCGCCUCUGCACUACCGGGGUCGAGAGGUCCUCUCCCCCGUGACCUUGGACUUGACCAAGAUCAUACCCGCUGCCGACGGUGCCAGCAUCAUCAAGUUUGGUGUUACCGACCCCAACAGUGAAGAGAACCGGACCAGCCGGGUCCCCAUAGAGAAAGCCACUGCCGACUUCCUCUUCCUGGCUUCCGAGGACGACCUCAACUGUGACUGCCGGGCCUCCAUGGAAAGCAUGGCAGCACAACUCUGGCGGGCCGGGAAGGAGAACGUGGAGAUGGUGUGCUACCCACGGGCCGGGCACCUGCUGGAGCCGCCCUAUGGGCCCUACUGCCGCUCGGGUCUGCACGGGUUCCUGCGCACAGUCGUCAUGUGGGGGGGCGAGCCCCAAGCCCACGCCUGCGCCGAGGUGCUCGCCUGGAAGAAGGUGGAAGAGUUCUUCCGGAGCCGGCUGAGCUGUGGACAUCCAAAGACCAAAGCCAAAUUAUAAACUGAAUGAUGCCAAAAUCAUAUGCAGUCAUCCAACGUACCGUAUUUGAUUGUGAUUCUUUUGUUUUUGUUUUUUCUUGCAAUUUUUUGGAAGAGGAUAUUGUGAUGUGAAACACCU